CUCAUUCUCUUGCCUUCUUGUGAGCAGAGAGAUGAGUCGCUGUGCAGAGAACCUGAAGGGCUUCCUGGUCCAAGUGGAGGCAAAAGCAGGACAAGAGAAGGGGCAUCUGGCUGAAGAAUUCCAGGAAAUCAAGGCCCGGGCUGUAGCAUUCCAGCAGCAGCAGGGCAUUUCCACAGAGGCUGGUGGCAACAAGGAGAAUAUCAAGAAGAACCGUUACAAAGACAUCUUGCCAUACGACCAGACGCGAGUUGUUUUAAACUUACUGGCAGAAGGACAGACAGAUUAUAUCAAUGCCAACUUCAUUCAGGGUGUGGAUAACAAGAGAUCCUACAUUGCAACCCAAGGUCCUCUUCCACAUACAGUAUUUGACUUUUGGCGCAUGAUUUGGCAGUACAAGGUGAAGGUGAUUGUCAUGGCUUGCCGGGAAGUGGAAAUGGGCAAGAAAAAAUGUGAGCGCUACUGGCCUUUGGCAGAAGAAACCUUGCCCUUUGGACCCUUCUCUGUGACGCAGGUUAAAAAAGAAGAGCUCAAUCCAGAUGUCAUUCUGCGGAUGCUUACUCUGACAUUUCAGCAGGAGGAACGAGUAAUUUCCCAUUUUCAGUAUGUGGCUUGGCCAGACCGAGGGAUUCCAGACACCUAUGGCUAUUUCCUUGACAUGAUUGAGCAUGUGAGAAAUAAGCAAGGGGAGGACACUGUACCCAUCUGUGUGCAUUGCAGUGCUGGCUGUGGCCGGACAGGUGUGAUCUGUACACUGGAGUAUGUAAGGCAGCUGCUGCUCAAACAGAGAAUCCCACCACAUUUCAGUAUUUUUGAUGUUGUCCUGGAAAUGAGGAAACAGAGACCGGCCGCAGUUCAAACCCAGGAGCAAUACGAAUUUGUAUAUCAUGCGGUCACUGAAAUGUUCCGGGCUACCCUGAGCUUCUCUCAUCCCCACUAUGAAAACCUGAAAGAGAACCAUCUUCCCCUCUAUGACGACGCCCUCUCUCUCCGACGCCCGACAGCACCCCUGCUCAAACGAAGCACCAUCCUCCGGAGCAUCUCAGUGCCAGCUGAAUCAACCCCUAUAACACUUCCAGAACUACCGCCAAAGCUCAUCAGAGGCAUGGGUGAUACGUAUGCUGUUGUGAACAAAGUUCGGCGAAGCGGAGCUGGAAUAUCUCCCAGUUCUUCUACCAGUGAGGCCAAACUUGAUGGAGAGGGACCCCUAUAUACUGCUGUGAAGCCACGGAAUAGUAAUGUGGUUGACAGCACCCUAACAGUUGACCCCAGUGCCUUUGUGGGAAUCCAAGCCAGCCACUCCCUGCCAGGGAGUCCCAUACGACGCCCACCUUCCAGCAUAGCCUGUGAAUACACCCAAGUAAAUUCAUCUGUGCCAGCAGAUUCCAAUUCCAGAGUCACCUCUUCCCCAUCUCAUUCUAAUGGACUUGGGAAAACCCUUCUGAGGAACCUGAUACCCCCGGCUUUUAGUUCAUCCCCUGGAAAGAAAGCUCCACCAUCUCCGCGGAUUGCCACCACACAAGCUUACGAAGAUGUGAACGACACCACCCUUAGGGUCAGCCCAAAUGCUGUGGGACCUUCUACCAAUACAAUGGGAUUUAACUUCCGCAUUGGGAAGCCCAAAGGACCAAGAGAACCUCCUGCUGAAUGGAGCCGAGUGUAGGAAGUACUUCAGAUAUAUACCAACAGAUGUGCACAGAAUGCUAUUUCAGCAACUGAGCAAUUGAGACUGGCCCAAGCUGCUGCAUUCUUCUUCCUCAUAGGGGAGUACUUUUGCAAAUCAGCACACUGUCCUCUAGGGCCACAUACCAAAAUGAAGGAGUUGUGAGCACUAUACUCCAGGACAUUUCAUAGCCAGAAGAGAAGAGCCACAGGAAGGAGAAGGAGCUAUAAACCUCCAAGGAAAACUUGUUCCUGCAGUCGACUCUGCUUCACUAGAUCUUGAGUGGUUCUGUGAUCCAAGAAUAAAGCUGGCUUGAAGGCCUUCAUCUCCAAAAAUGUUUAAGCCCAUCACUGAGUCUAUUCAAGUGCCAGAAACCUUCAGCGCUAGGGGCCCCAAAUCAACAAGCUAAUUUGUAUAGUUGUAACCAACAGCCACAGGACCAAUUCUAGUUCCCUCAGGAUGCUGCCUUAUCUGCCCAGUACAUGUCAGCUCAUUUCUCCCUUCUUUCUGCUCCCAUCAGCAGCAAUAAUUGUUUUAGAAACCCCACAUGGAGCUGCCCAUGGAAGGAGGAGACAGCUAGCAGAAAGACUCAAGAAAUAUUUCUCAACUUAAUUAUUUAAGGUCCAACAGGCCCACUGUAUAUAUCAUCACAUCUUAAAUCAACUUCUUUGCAAAUCUGGUUGUAACCAAAGGCUUUCUCCCAUGGCAGCAUCUGAGUUUUUGUAUGCAGAACACUUCUGGCCAAAUAUUCUAAGGAGAGGAAAUGUGGAUCAAGAAACAAGGAAGGAAGAUGAAGCAAAAGCUCUUCCUUUUAACUUCUGGAAGCCAGGCCUAUGGGAUAGCUUUCACACCUUCAGAGCUUUUUUCAGAUUUCUUUGCAUCCAUGAGAACUAGAAGCUUCCUUUCCUCAAGACAGAAGCUCUACCUUUUACAUGAGAAAGGAGGGAACACUCAGAGAACACUCCCCACCAUUUCUUCUCAAGUUGACAUGUUCAGUUUUAUGGUACUCUGAAGCCCAAAUAGUCAACACAAGAGGCCCCUAUAGUUUAACUGUCCUGAAGGAAAUGAAAAGCAAAAAAGGAGGCAACACAAGGAUUUACUGUAUCAAAAGUCUGCAAAGAUCAAGAAAAGGACCUUUACCUCUCACACACCAUUGCUUCAUCUAUCAUAUAUACUCCACACAAUUACAUUAUGGAGAGGGCUUGGGCUGAUACAGCCUCCCAAAUGAAAGGAUUUAAAGGACUCUGGGAUCCACUUCACAAUCCCAAUUUUAGGCAUCAUGUUUCCACAUACUGCCAAGAAAUGUUGAUACACUAGGUCAGAUGUCCCAUGAGACAUGGAGAUGAAGGUAAUUUCAGUCAUUACAUCCUCCCAUAUGUUCUUGUUAGCUAGUGAGCUUACCAGCAACUCUCACUCAUUCUAAGACUGCUGCCACACUGCAGAAUUAAUGCAAUUUAACACCACUUUAACUGCCAUGACUCUGCAUUAUAGAAUUGUGGGAUUUGUAAGUUUGUUGUGGCAGCAGAGCUCUCUGACACAGAAGGCUAAAUAUCUCACAAAAUUACAAAUUUUCAAACUGCUCUAAAUGAUGGUUCUGUUUGCUGCUGAAGUUGCCUUUGAUACCCAGUUUCCCUGUUGGGUUUCUGAAAUUGGAUAGCUAGCUGCAAUAUAGGCUGAGGUUUGUGCAGUAGAUUAAACCCAUAGAUAAAUGGAGAGC